AGACCUUGUGAUGCAUUUUUUUUUUUUUUUUAGCGAUCUUGUGUAAAAAAGUUAAUACAUGUGUAUACUUCAAAUAAAAGCGUCAUGGAUGUAACACGAAGAAAAGAAUUGCGUCGUUUCCGAAUCCCACAAAGUCGUGUUAUACAUGACUUGUAGAUCGUCCUUUUCGGUUGCUUGUAUUUUAGAAUUGGCAGAUUCACGGUGGAAAAGGCAAAUGUAGAAGUAAAAUGCACAUUAACUGAAAGAAUAUGUUCCAUGUGCAUGAACUUUUCUGUUUCUUGAAUUGCGGGUUUUCAUCUUAUUUAUAGUGCAACUGCACGUGUAUAGGUACAGAUCUUUCGCCGAGUGAGCAGUUGUGAGUGUUUGCUAAAAAUGGAGCAAUUUUAUCAGCAUACUAGACAAUGAGCCUCUAUAUUUUGCUGAAUUAGUUUGGGAUCCAAAGCAAACAAAACAAUGUCACCUGCAGAUCAGAGGUUGUUCAGAUUUCUUGAUAAACAUCUCUGGGCGUUUAUUCAGCAGAAGCGAGCAGUAAGAAUUUUGCGUAAAGUAGAUCAUGGUACAUCAUACAGAAGCCUUUUAAGAAUCUUGAAAUUAAUUCUGUACUCUGGAGGGAAGAUAUUAAUCCUGCUCCCGUCCAAUAUAAACUACCUUGCCAUAGUAUCUAGAACAAUAUUGGAGCUGAAAUAUUUGAGGAAGGAUCUAUUACAGUAUGUGUUAUGCAUCAGAGAUGAAAUGGACCAAGGCCAGCAUUUGCAGGACGUGUUAGACAAGCCAGUUCACAUCACAGUGAAUGUGGUUGGGGAGGAUCACCAUCAAAUAAAUCUGCAGUACUGCAAUGGGCACCCACUUGGCACUGUUUUCUGCGAACCUAUCCGUGGGUCAUCUAGAGCAGUGCUUCCCAAACUGUGGGGCGUGACUCGCAAGAUUUAUUCAGGUAUUACUUUCCAAGAAUUCCUGAUGAACUGCUAUGGAUAAGAAAUCCAUUUCAAGAGGACAAUCUUAAAAAGUUAAAACUGUUGGCAUCUGUAGAAGACUCCCUGAUAGAACAAUCAUGUGAUUCUUCUGUGAAAACUUUAUUUCAAGAAUUAAGCCAAAUCCCAUUUUGAAUCAAAUUAACCCUGUGGCGCAUGAAUUUCACUGCAAUGGACAACUUUUAAUGGUCAAUUCUCUGGUGUUUUCAUUCAGUCAUGAGGCUGCAAAUGCAUGCAGGACACAACACUAGUAGGGAGUGCCCACUGCAGUGAACUGUGUGCAUUUGCAGCCUCAGGACUGAUAGAAAAUGCCAAAGAAGCGACCAUCAACAGCUGUCCACUGUAGUGGACGCAAUGCGUCACAGCAUUAAAGGGAGAGUAUAGAGUGCUUCCAAACAUAGCUAUGAAGGAACUAAUGGGAUUCACAACUACUUACUUAUGUGAAUAUGCUUUUUCUAGCUUACUUUAAAAAAUAAAAAAAAUAUACAAAACAAAUAUAGAAACAAGCUUUGCAUGGAAAACAAUUUACAACUAAAACAAACAAGCUUCAAUCCAGAUAUACAAAGUCUCAUUAACACCAAGACUAAGCAAUACCACAAAUCUCAU